UCGAAAAGAAAAAUCUUGCGUUGGCCAGAGGGAACCUUUUGGAAAAAGGGUUAGUCUGUUCGAAAUCGGUGUCGUGAAUGAAUAAUAUGGCAGAAAGUAAAGGAGUGAUGUUAGCUAAAUCAGUUCAAAAACAUGCAGGACGUGCCAAAGAAAAGAUUUUACACAAUUUAGGAAAAGUCGACCGAACGGCAGAUGAAAUUUUUGACGAUCAUCUGAACAAUUUUACUCGUCAACAAAACAGUGCCAAUAAAUUGCAAAAGGAAUUUGGCAAUUACAUACGAUGUGUUCGAGCUAUUCAAGCUGCUUCCAAAUCCUUAAUGGAUGCAAUAUGUGAAGUAUACGAACCACAUUGGAAUGGCUAUGAUGCCCUCACUGCACAAGCAUCGACCACAGAGAGCCUAUGGUUGGAUUUCUCUCACAAAUUGACCGAUCAAGUUCUGAUUCCACUAUGCACGUACACGAAUCAAUUUCCUGAAAUGAAGAAAAAAGUGGAAAAGAGGAAUAGAAAACUCAUUGACUAUGAUGGUCAACGACAUUCGUUCCAAAGUGUACAAGCUAGUGCCAGCAAACGCAAAGAUGAUGUUAAGAUGACAAAAAGUCGUGAACAAUUAGAGGAGGCUCGUCGAACAUAUGAAAUUCUUAACACGGAACUACACGACGAACUGCCGGCUCUAUAUGAUUCCAGAAUAUUAUUUUUGGUUACAAAUUUACAAACACUUUUUGCAUCUGAACAGGUUUUCCACACUGAAUCAGCGAAGAUAUUUUCCGAGCUAGAAACAAUUGUUGAUAAAUUGGCCACAGACUCACAACGGGGAAAUAAUACACUAAAGAAAUCAACAGCAAAUGCCAUUAAACCCAGCCCAGUGCAAUCACCAGUUAAACAACUAAACAACACAAACGCCAAUAACAGCAGUUACCAAAAUCAAGUAACAACAAAUGGCUCCAGCAAUGCCAACAGUCCAUCAUCCAGUCCUAGCUCACAACUCGAACAAUCAUCACCAAGACUUGAUUCAAUUUCUCCAACGCCAGACACAACUCCAAACGAGAGUGUAGAUAUCAUCCAGAAAGUGAAAUCAGAGCAACGUAUAAGCGUGGCGAGUAGUGGCUCACCACCGUCAUCACCAACAAAUGCAGCUCCCCGAUUAUCAUCGGUAGCAGUGACUCCGGCUUCUGCAGAAGACGAAGAUGAACCAUCUUACCAAAAUACAGCCGUUAUCAACUCUGUCCCACAACAUUUUUCAAUCCAAGCGCCAUUGAGAGGUGGAGCCACCAAUAAUUCUGACAAUCAUAACAAAAUUGUCAAUGAUACACUAAAUAGUCCGAAUGCAAACUCAGGAGCGCCACCAACCCAACAAGCUGCUGCGCCACCAGCUGAUAUCACAACGACAAUUCAAAAAAAGACGAAAGUAACUGAAACCACAGAUGACGGUGACUUGAAAACAACAACAACAACGACGACCACAACAACCGACGAAGCCAACAACGUGAUGAAAACGACGACGACAAAGCAAGUGAAUGGAAAUGGAAACAUCACGAAACAGGACGACGACAAUGCGAUGGCAUUAGGAGGUAAUGACAAUCAUACACCAAAAUCGGAACCAUUUUACGAUGUACCCUUGGGCGGCGGCGGUUCAACAACAGAACUACCACCGGGAGUUUUGUAUCGUGUGAAGGCGACUUACGGAUACGUCAAAGAAGACGCAGACGAAUUGAGCUUUGAAAUUGGAGAUAUUAUUCGCGUCAUAGAAUAUGACGACCCUGAAGAUCAGGAGGAAGGCUGGCUGAUGGGCCAAAAAGAAGGCACGCAAGAAAAAGGUCUCUUCCCUGCCAAUUUCACACGACCAAUCUAAACAAAACAAUUAGGGCAGAUCAUCUCAGCCACUAUCAACAAAAGAGAACAAAAAGAGAGUAGUUAAAUUUUAUUUCAAAAUUCUCUCGUUGGCCAGAUAAACGAGUGUGUGCUUAUAUUUUGUAAAAGAAGAAGAAAACGAAUGAAAGCAACAAACAAAAAAAAAUAGAAAAACAAAAACAAAUAUAAAAAUAAAAAAUUGAUAGGAAACAAAAUUUUUUAAUUAACAAAAAAAAAAUAAAAAAGUAAACCUCUUGUUAUUGCGAAUAUAUUUUUUAGUCAAUAUUUUUCCUGUUUUCAGGUUAAAUGUAAGUUGAAAUCUAGAGUUCUUUUUUUAGGAUUCAUUUAAAAAAAUAUAAAAAAUAAAGAAAAAGAAAAAAACACAAUAAUUUAUUUAUAUAAAAGAAAAAAAAGUGUUAAAAACAAUUUUUUUACAUAAAAUAAUAAUAAAUCCCAAGGUUAAAUAUAUAACUCUCUUAUAGAGGAAAAAAGCAACAAAAGGACACACUCGAGGUAGUUUCCUUCCUGUCUCAGUCUCGUUAAAUAAACCAACAAAAUUUAUACACAAUUUUUGUUUUUGUUUUUUCUAUGUUGUAUUAUUCAAUUUUAAUUUAAUUAGUUAACAAAUUCAUUGAAUCAUUCAUAUCAUAAUAUAAACACACCAACGCGAAUAUAAAGAUUCAGAGUUAUAUUGGAUAACAAAGAACAAAUAAAGAAUGUUUAUUUUUUUGUAUAAAAACAAAAAAAAAUAUGUUGAAAAGAAUAAUAUUUACCAAUUUUUUUGAAUUAUAUUAACACUAAUUUUAUCAUUGUUAUAUUAUUAUUAUUAUUAUUAUUAUAUUCUUUAAUUUCUUAGAAAACUAAUAUAUAUGUUAUUUUUAUUUGUCUGGCAAGGAACGAACAAAAAAUGUAUAAUUGAAUAAUUUUUAUUUGUACUUUUAAUUUUUGUUUCAUUUUAUUGUGUAAUUCAUAAGAAAAUAUAUUGUUUUAAUUGUUUUAUUAUUGCUAUAACUACAACAAAAUAGAUAUACAGACACAUACACACAUGAAACUAUAAUAAUAAUUAAAAUAAAAAAAUAAUACAUUUUUAAUUUAAACUACGUUUAUAUAAUUUUUAAUAAUAUUUAAAUCAAACAAAAACAAAAAUACAUAAAUAUCUUAUAAUAGUAUACAUCAUACAUCAUUCAAUUAAACAAAAAUAAAAUAAAAAUUACAAAUAAAAUACCAAUAACAAGCGAACAGUAUACAGAAAACAGAAUGGAACAUAAGUUUUGAGCAUAAUUUGAUGUCCUUUUUUUGUUCAACAGAAAAAUGUGUAUUUAUUUUAUUUUGAAACAACAAAUUUAUUAAUUGAAAAACUGGAAAAAUAAAAUAUUAAUAUAUACAAA